AGUAAUAUCCUGAAAGUGAAAUGUUUUUUAACUGUUACUUUGGGGUGCGACCCUUCACAGUACUUGGUGUAAGGAAAGGUGUGUACCAUUAUUUUACUGGUUAAUGUGGUAUACUGUCUUCACCGCAUCCUCCCACAUUAAGUUCGCCUUCGCAGAAAUCUAAAACUCCAAUCCAGUAUAACAUUCAAAAGCACACACACAUACACACACGCACACACACAUGAUUAAUGAGAAAUAGAAACUUUACAGUGUGACAUUAGGGGAACUUAAUAAAAGGAGUUUUGUUUGCCUCACAUGUCGCAGAACUGGCGAACUGAUAUUGACUCUGUACUUUAAAUGCUAAAAUUCUGUGAAAUGUCAAGAUAAUCUUAACUGAAUUUCUAAAUACACGUGAGAUAUUUAGAAAUUUGGAGUAUGUUGUUUCAUUCCACGCGUGUAACUCUAAACUUACUAUAUUUUGAUCGAAAUGAGUAGUCAGGCGCGUACUUCCUCUGCUCAAGUUUCCUGCGCCUCACAGUCAGGUUAGUCAAAUCAACUGCCAUCCACACACGAGGGAAGUCGCACAUUUCUUGAGGUGCACAAAACCAACCAUGAAUGAAUCGGAGGUCAUCAAAUUGGACAACGCAACCUUUGCCAUGUUUGACAACAAACUGGCCAGUGACAUUGUGUCAGGCAUCUAUGUGAUCGUGGCAUUGUUCAGUCUGACGGGGAACAGCAUCUCUCUGUUUCUACUACUGAUGCGCACCUCUCCAAAAACCCCCACUAUCAUCUUCAUGAUCAACCUGACCCUCACUGACUUGAUGCUGGGCAUCGUUCUCCCCUUUCAGAUCGUCUACCAAAUGCAAGGCUACAACUGGACCUUAGGAACGGGCAUGUGCAACGUCCUGACUGUGACCUUCUACACCAACAUGUACUGCUCCAUUUUAUCCAUGACCGCUAUUAGCGCCGACCGCUACCUGGGGAUUGUGAAACCCAUGCGCUUUAGGGAGAUGAGGAAGAGGAAGAGGUUUGCAGUCAUCGCCUGUAUAUUAAUGUGGCUGAUGGUGCUUGGGAUUCUGAGCCCACUGGAGAGAUCUGACUUGACGUAUUAUGUUAAAGAGCGGGAUAUAGUCACAUGCUUUGAUGUGCUCAGGUCAAAAAUGCUCCCGAGCAUUGCUCAUUGGGCUGGUUUUCUAUUUGGCAUGUUCAUCCUCCUCUUCCUCGUCCCGUUCAUCAUUACCGUGUAUUGCUAUGUCAAUAUCAUCUGGGUUCUGGUUAGAAAAACCAACAGUGAUCAGAAAGGCCGAGCUGUGCGUCUGGCAUGCAUCGUACUGUUUGUGUUCACGUUUUGUUUCGCUCCCAAUAACAUCUUACUGCUGGCCCACACAGUCGCAAGACUGUACUAUGGUAAAUCGCUCUACAUCUACUAUAAGCUCUCGCUCUCUCUGAGCUGCAUCAAUAGCUGCGCAGACCCGUUCAUUUAUUAUUUUGCAUCUAAAGAGUUUCGCCGGAAACUACGCCAAAUGCUGCGUUUACAGACUCUCAGCACAGCAGAAACCCAAAUGAUCGAGGGUCAUAGAGAAAGCUUUUUCUCCGGACGCACAACAUGCAAUGCACAUGAAGACUGUGACAAUAUGUAACUAUUUCUUAUUUCGGAUUGUUUUGGGUUGUUUAUUUUGGACGAAAGAAAGGGAACAGUUUUUCUUUAAAAGCAAACCACAGAGGUAGUUUUAUGCACUUGUGAAAACCCAUUUAAUUCAAUGAAUGUGCACUUCCCAUAUUUCGUAUGUUGUUGUGUUUUAGCACUGUUUAUCUUUUGUUUUGUGUUGAUUUCCUGGCUGAGCAGCUGAUGAAAAGCACACUGCUCACAUGCAUUCAAGUUGCGUGACUUUUAUUUUCUUGGUAUCAGGCAUCAUAGUUCCUCUUAACGAAAUGUUCAUGUAUUUUUACACUUUGCUGAGUGGUUAAACUUAUGCAAUUAGCUGUCGUACCUGCUGUUGAUGCUUGAUAUUGUGUAUAUAUUCUGUUUUUGAUUAUUGAAAAUGUAUUUGUUUUAUUACUUGAGCCAAGCUGUUUUUAUAUUUAUGUUACUUAAGCUGUGCAUAAAGUCCCUGCAAUAUAACGUUGUAUUGCAGUAAUGCAUACUGUUUCUUUGUUGUUUAUAUUUCUGAGCAUAGAUAAAGUGGUAUGUAUGCAUAGAGGGGCAUUUAUUUUGUCAUAUAAAAAUAAUAAAGACGUUCAAAAAAU